UUGGCUGAUGAACACAAACCCUGUAAGACUGCCUUCUCCCCAGCACGUUUCCUCUCUUCUCUCACCAGUCAUGAAUAUUAUCUGGGUCUGCAUCUCUUCACUUCUGGCUUUUUCUCCUGUUUUCUCUGAUCAAAACACAGGCAAUAUAAGAGUUUUCCCUGCAGCCAAUCAGAGCAUAGCUGGCGUAAUCCAGGUGAGUUACCAAAACAACCGAAACCAGCUUCAGUAUGCUUUCAAUGCCUCUGAUGCCCGGAAGAUCUGUCAGUCCCUUGGACUCAGCAUCGCCUCGAAGGCUCAGGUGAAGGAAGCUCUCAGCAGAGGUCUGGAAACAUGCAGGUUUGGAUGGACUGAUGAGCAAAUUGCAGUCAUUCCUCGAAUCCACGGAUUGGCUAACUGCGGCCAAAACCAAACUGGACUGUUGGUGUGGAGAGCCUCCGUAACAACCCGGUUUGAUGUAUUCUGCUUUAACGAAUCAGAUGCAUUAAUACAAUUGAAGGACACAGUGACUGAUAACCCUCUGAGCGACUCUGAGCAUGCAAACUCAGUAAACUCCACCCUCACAACCCAGUCUACGUCUUCAUCCUCCACCCAUCCUCCUUCCUUUACAUCACCUGAUGAAGCCAAGAGCAAUGAGGUGGAGCCAGCCCGAUUUGUUGGCAGUGCUCAAACCUUUGCUGGAUCAAAGAUUGUACUCAUCUCCUGUAUCUGUGGUCUACUCUUUAUCAUAAUAUCUUUUGUUGCAUACUUAAAACUAGGAAGACACUGUCAUUUGCGCUCUGACGAGAAGCAGCAACAGCAGCAAGAUUACACCCAGACAGAAGAGUGGAUAUCUGUGAAGACUAUUGCAGAAACCACUAAAGAAGUUCAGGAGAAUCAGAGGAUAGAAGUGGACAAUGGCAAAGACUAAGCUUUUUUAACUAUGUUUGGGAGGGGAAUGCAUAUGUACCUGUUUAAUAUUUUGUGUUAUCUGUCAGUCAGUGAUGUACUGUAGUUUAGCCACUAGAGGGACAUGUUUGCAAACAUUUUGAUUGGCAACUUUUUAUUGUUAUGAUUCUGUUUGUAGAUUAAACCAAAAAAGGGCA